AAAACUAAGGAACUAGAAAGUUCACAUUUGGAUAUGUCAUUGAAGUACAGAGUAUUCUUGUGGUAUUUGUGCGGUAGUAUUUAAAAGGUGUUUUUAAGUAAUUACCAAUUUAUUAUAUCAUUCCAAGAGCAUUUAUAUUGUGGGUUUACGCCUUUCCUCAUUUGGUUUUGUUGAAAAUUAGAAAAUCAUGGCUGCAAUGUCGGUAAUAGGUAUUGACUUUGGUAAUGAAUCGUGCUAUGUUGCGGUGGCAAAAGCCGGAGGAAUUGAAACAAUAGCAAAUGACUACAGUUUACGAGCUACCCCAUCAUAUGUUGCCUUUUCUGGAAAGAAUCGAAUACUUGGUGUGGCUGCUAAAAAUCAACAGGUGACAAACAUGAAAAACACAGUGUAUGGUUUAAAACGCCUUCUUGGUAGAAAGUUUCGAGAUCCUCAUGUCCAAAAUGAAAUAAAGCAUUUUCCAUUUACAGUUAUUGAAACAAAUAAUGGUGGUAUUGGUAUAAGGGUAAAUUAUUUAGGUGAAGAACACAUUUUCUCCCCUGAACAGUGUUUGGCUAUGCUAUUUACAAAACUGAAAGAAACUUCAGCAACUGCUUUGCAAACGCAAGUGAAUGAUUGUGUUAUAUCUGUUCCUUCUUAUUAUACCAAUAAUGAAAGAAAGGCACUAUUAGAUGCAGCAGCUAUUUCAGGUCUUAAUGUCCUACGUCUUUUUAAUGAGACCACUGCAACUGCUCUAAACUAUGGCAUUUACAAACAGGAUUUACCUGCACCCGAAGAAAAACCCAGAAAUGUUAUAUUUGUUGACUGGGGCCAUGCUUCACUGCAAGUAGCAGCAUGUGCCUUUCACAAAGGCAAACUAAGAAUGCUUGCGACAGCUUUUGACCCUUAUUUGGGCGGCAGAGACAUAGACUUGAUUUUAGCAGAUCAUUUUUGUAAAGAAUUCUAUCAGAAAUACAGGGUAGAUGCAACAUUGAAUAAAAGGGCUUUUAUACGACUCCUGGCUGAGGUAGAAAAGCUUAAAAAGCAAAUGUCAGCUAAUUCGACAACAUUGCCUUUGGCUAUUGAAUGCUUCAUGGAAGAAAAAGAUGUUAGAAGCGAGAUGAAAAGAAGCGACAUGGAAACCAUGUGUGCAAGCUUGUUCCAGAGGGUCGAGAACACAUUACGUCAGUGUUUGGAGAGUUCAGGGCUGAAAUUGGAAGAAAUACAUAGUGUUGAAAUCGUUGGGGGCUCGACUAGAAUUCCAGCUAUCAAACAGCUCAUUGAGAAGAUCUUUCAUAAGUCUGCAAGCACCACUUUGAACCAGGAUGAAGCAGUUAGCAGAGGCUGCGCCCUUCAAUGCGCUAUGCUUUCACCUGCUGUUCGAGUCAGAGAAUUCAGCGUGACAGAUGUUCAGACUUAUCCAAUAACGGUAUUGUGGGAUGCCAGUGCAGAAGGUGAAGCUUCAGGAGAAAUCGAAGUGUUUCCAGUCAAUCAUGCCACUCCUUUCUCAAAAAUGCUUACGUUUUACAGAAGAGAACCUUUCACCCUACGUGCUAUGUAUUCAGGCAAUUUACCUUAUCCAGACAAAAAUAUUGGCACGUGGAUCGUGAAAGACGUUCAUCCGUCACCUGAUGGCAAACCGCAGAAGGUCAAGGUGAAAGUGCGAGUUAACAUCCAUGGUAUCAUGACGAUCUCCAGCGCUUCGUUAAUUGAAAGUAAAGAGUCUGUGGACACUGAAGAACCGGAAGAACAGAGUCAACAACAGCAGCAGAAUCAGAAGAAGGGUGAGGCGGAGGAGAAGAUGCCGGUGGAUUCGAGCCCCGGAGGCGGCCAAACGGCACCAGAGGUAGGCUCACCCAGCUGGACGAAGAGACUUUCAGCUUGGUUCAGCCGGGAAGGCGAAGAAAAAAAAGAAAAGAAGAAGAAGGUGAAAUGCAUUGAACUGCCCAUUGAAUCUCUCACUUCUGGCUUUUCCCAAGUUGAACUUAACCAGUACACCGAACAGGAAUACAAAAUGAUCGCAGCUGACAAACAAGAAAAAGAAAGAGCCGAUGCUCGUAAUGCUUUGGAAGAAUACGUCUACGAAUUAAGGGGUAAAUUGUCAUGCGAAGGCGAAUUGGCUCCCUACGUGUUAGAGACGGAUGGUUCGAAAUUGAUAAGUCAGCUGGAAGACAUGGAAAAUUGGCUCUAUGAAGAAGGCGAAGACUGUAACCGCCAAGUGUACCAGGACAAACUGGUAGAUCUCAAGAGCAAAGGCGAACCCAUUCAACAGCGGCGUAUCGAAGCAGAUUUAAGACCCAUUGUACUAGAUGACUACGGAAGAUCCAUUCAGCUUGGAAAUAAAGUAUUGGAACAAAUAAAAUCCAAGGAUCCCAAAUAUGGUCACAUUACGGAUGACGAGGCUAAGAAGCUUGAACAAGGAAUAUCUCAAUCGUUCCAGUGGCUGGACCAGGCUAGAAAUCAAUUAAACAGUACUCCCAAACACGUUCCGCCCCCCAUAACGGUUAACCAGAUACGUCAGGAACAUAAUAAUUUUGAUAGUCUCGUUCAUCCAAUCAUAAACAAACCUGCUCCUAAACCUGCAGCUCCCAAAGAAGAAAAAGAAAACAAGGAGGCAAAAGAAAAACAUUCUAACCAAGAACAGACCAAUCAGACUCAAAACGCCGAACAAAAUGCUAAGGAAAACGAAGAAAAAAUGGAAUGGUCAGCAACAUAAAUUAAUUUUUAGCUUUAAUUAUUUAAUUAAAAGAAAUGGUUACUUCCUUAGCUACUUUUCUGUUUGAUUUUUAUUUGCUAUAUAUUAAACUGUAAUUCCUCUAGAAUGUUUUGAUUGUUCUUCACGUAAUAAAACAAAUUAACACAC